AUGAAUACUCUGUGUGAAGCAAAUGGCUCCUUUGCCAUCCGUCUUUUAAAGAUGCUGAGUCAAAACAACCCUUCGAAAAAUGUCUGUUACUCUCCUGUGAGCAUCUCCUCUGCUCUAGCUAUGGUCCUCUUGGGGGCGAAGGGAGACACCGCGGUCCAGAUAACUCAGGCACUUGGUUUCAACACAGAGGAAGACAUUCAUCAAGGCUUCCAGGUGCUUCUCAGUAACCUGAACAGGCCCGACAGAAAGUACUUGCUUAGAAUGGCCAACAGGCUCUUUGCAGAGAACACCUAUGAAUUGCUCCCAGCCUUUAAGGAGUCCUGUCUUCAGUUCUAUGACUCAGAGAUGGAACAGCUCUCCUUUGUCAAAGCUCCAGAGGAGUCCAGGGAACACAUAAACAUGUGGGUCUCCAAACAGACUGAAGGGAAAAUUCCAGAGUUGCUGUCAGAAGGCUCCAUUGAUUCAGUGACCAGGCUGGCUCUUGUCAACGCCUUAUAUUUCAAAGGAAGGUGGCAAAAACAGUUUGACAAAGAAUGUACAAUGGAAAUGCCCUUUAAAAUAAACCAGACGGAGAAACGGCCAGUGCAGAUGAUGUGCCAGGAAGACACUUUUCACCUCGCCUAUGUGAAUGAAGUACAGGCACAGGUGUUGGUGAUGCCUUAUGAGGGCAUGGAGCUGAGCAUGGUGGUCCUGCUCCCAGAUGAUGGUGUGGACCUCAGCAAGCUGGAAAACAGUCUCACUUUUGAGAAGUUAACAGCCUGGACCAGACCAGACUUUAUGAAGAGCACUAAUGUUGAGGUUUUCCUUCCAAAAUUUAAACUGCAAGAGGAUUAUGACAUGGAGUCCGUGUUUCAGCAGUUGGGGAUGGUGGAUGUCUUCCAAGAAGGCAAGGCUGACUUGUCAGGAAUGUCUCCAGAGAGAGACCUGUGCAUUUCCAAGUUUGUCCACAAGAGCAUUGUGGAGGUCAAUGAAGAAGGCACCAAGGCUGCAGCAUCGUCCGUGGCAACUAUGAUCCCUUUAUCAUUGAUGUUAGUCCCACAGUUUUGUGCAGACCACCCCUUCCUUUUCUUCAUCAGGCACAACAAAACCAAUAGCCUCCUGUUCUGUGGCAGGUUCUCAUCUCCAUAA